UACUGACAAUAAAAGCUCUCCUCAUGACUUCCUCAUGUUCUCAUUUGCCUCUCCUCUCUGCAGUUCAGCGUCUGGUUUCUGUCAUCAGUCUGACUUGUUGGUAAAUCGCUCAGCAUCAAACUCUGACCUUCUCUGAGUCGCAGAAUAUUUGGGUAUCUGAGACACUUGGACAUACUGCCACAGAUGAUCAACAACAUAUGAGCUACGAUUUGUGACAAUGGCAGAAAAUGUUGAAACCAAAGAGGAUGAUUUGCCUCCUGACAUCAAUGACUGGGAUAAAUCUCAAGUAAAGGUCUGGGCUCUCAAACUGAAGGGUUUGGACGACUCGACUGCAGAUUUGCUGUUUGAAGAAAAGAUUUCUGGUCCCAGUCUUUUGCUUCUAGAUAAAUCAGAUUUAACUAAAAUGGGUGUGAAAUUUGGACCAGCUACGCUUAUUAUUCAUGCCAGAGAUGAAUUAAUCAAGUUAAAGAGAGAGAACCCAACAAGUUCCUCCGACAAGACUGGGAAACCCAGUAAGCCGUAUCCAUUCGGUAGAUACCAUGAUGCUUAUAGAUACAUAAAGGACAGCAUUCUUAGUGUCCCAGAAUCAGGCACCUUAGACCUUAUUGAACCCUGUCAUGAAUUUAAAGCUUUUAUCAAUACAUCUGAUGAAAAUCAACUGGAGAAGUUCACCACUGAGGUCAUUCGGUUUGCAGCUGCCUGUACGAAUAGUCGCACCAAUGGUACCAUACAUUUUGGAAUUGGAGACAAACCAGACUUUGUUCAUGGUCAGGUUUUGGGAGUGACUGUUAAUGACAAAGAAAGAUAUGCAAAUGAACUAAAGUCAGCCAUCAAUAGCCACUUUGGACACAAGAAUGCAGCUCAAAUGUGCAUCAAACCGCCUCGAUUUGUUGAGGUUCUAAACAGAAAUACAGCAUCUUCUGACAAGUUUGUGAUUGAAGUGGACAUUGAACCUCGAUCUGCCAUCUGUGGAGAAAACAUCUUCCACACUUACAACACAAAAAAAGGCAAGAAGAAGAUCAAAGAAACUGAAUCACAACCAGUAAAGUCUGUCUACAUCCGAGACGGUGGCAGCAGCAGAGACCUGCUAGCAUCAAGCACAUCUUCCAAAACCAGGUCAGAGUUCAAUCAGUUUGAGGGCAAAAUGUCUCAACUAUCAAAGCACCGCAAAGAAGCAGAGGAGAAGCACCUCAAAAGAAUAAAAACCACAACUCAAGGCUCCAGCUUGAUUAACAUGAUUACAGGUGGAGCCUUUUCAAUGGAUAAGUCCAAUUUUGAACAUUAUGUCAUCGUGACAAACAAAUCUCAUCCAAGCCGUAGAGAAGUGCUAAACAAGAGGUUCCUUGUCAUUUUCUUACUUUUAUCAACAGUCAGUGAAGUAAUGGAUCCCCUUGUUGAGACCUUCAGUAUGUUCCUGCAGGAGCUCGGAGGGUCAGGACAAAUCCUCUGUAUAUGUGACGAUGAGAGCACAUUUAUUUCAUGGAGGGAUCUCAUUCAGGCUAAGUGUGGAGUCGACAUCUCUGACAGAUGUAUCUCUGACCUCAGUUUUGCUGAAGUCAAUGGAACCGUCCUCAGUCUCUGGUCAGAAAACCGCAGAGCCAAACGGUUCCUACCCUGUGGGGGUGAGAGCAAGGUUGGUCUUGAAAGAAAAUUUGAGCAAACCUUGAAUACUUUGGAGAUCCUGUGUGUGAAUCAGUGUGAAGGAGGAAACGAGGACAGAGUUGCCAUAGAGGAGAACUUCUAUAGAGGUGGGAAGGUAUCAUGGUGGAAUUUCCAUUUCUCUGAAUUACCUGGAUUAACACCAUUCAUUAAACGGGACCAGUUUGAUUACAUCAUGAAUACUGUUAUACCUGAUUUAUGCUCCCUACCAAAAGCUUGUGUCCUGUUCAAUCUCCUCCACCUGCCUAGUUGUGGUGGGACGACCUUGGCCAGGCAUGUGCUGUGGGCCCUUAGGGACAAAUAUCGCUGUGCCGUCCUCAGGGAAAAGUCUGACUUUGUUAAUGUGGCUGAUCAGGUGAUCAAAUUAUUAAUGUAUCAAUAUGAUGAACAAACACCGAGGGUUCCUGUACUGCUGAUGAUUGAUGAUUUUGAUGACAUGGAGAAGGUUGAAGAAUUACAGUUUGCAAUUGAAACGCAGUUUAUUGAAAAAGACCUCCAGGCUGCAAAGGUCAUCCUUCUGAACUGUAUGAGGUCAGAGUUCAAUACAGUGACAGGACUACCUCCAGACACUGUGUUCAUUGGAAACAACCUCUCUGACAAAGAACUAAAAUUGUUUGAGGUAAAAUUUAAGGAAAUAGAACAACAACACUGGAACGUUAAAACUUUUUAUGGCUUCAUGAUAAUGAAGGAGAACUUCAAUGAAGAAUAUAUCAAAGGGGUGGUAAAGAACACCCUGAAAAACUUCAAUAUGGACCAAAAGAAUGCACAACUCUUUGCAGUUCUGGUUCUGUUGAGAGUUUACUGUAAGUACUCCACUUUUUCCUGGUGUUUGUGUCUGGAUGUUUUGGAUCAGCCAAUCCCUGUCUGUGGAGGUCUCAAAAUACAUGAUGUCUUUGGGGAAUUUUCCAGUUUCAUUUCCUUCUGCUGGGAUCAAGAUAAAAUUAAGUAUGUUGCCAUCAGCGUAACAUACUCAAUCAUUGCAAGGCAAUGCUUGGAGGAAUUAAAAACAACACACAAAGUCACAAAAGCUAAAAUUACUAACUUUCUGCUGGCCACAGACCAGCUGUAUGAAUGUACACAAGGCACAGACAAUCUCUUUCAAUGUGUGCAUGACAUUUUAGUGAAAAGAUUUUCUUCAUCUGAGGAGGUUUCUCAGUUCUCUCCUCUCAUUCAACAAAUUGCAGAAGAAACACCUGGGCAGGAAGAGAUUGUUUUGUCAAAAGCAGCAAAAAGAUUAGAGGAUGAUGCUGUUGUGUUUCAGUUGUUGGCCAGAUAUUACUAUUUGAAAAAGAAGAAUUUCAUUGUUGCAAAAGAUUGGGCAAAAAAAGCCAUGGGACUGUCCAAAGAUAACUCUUAUAUUGCAGACACAUCAGCACAAGUUUUAAAGCAUGAGCUAAAGAAUGAAAUUUCAAACUGCCAGGAAGGAGAGUUCAUCAGCCCAGAGAAAUUGAGAAUUGCUCUCAAAAUGGCCCAAUCAGCAAUGGAAGCAUUUCAGAAAACACAAACACUGGCGAAGAAAGAAUCCCUUAACAGAUAUAAGAUCAAAACAAACAACUGCUCCUUCAACACGUCGGGGUUUCUUGGAGAAAUCCAAGUUGGAGUUCUUGUCUUAGGCUUGUUAGAAAAAACUCCUGUGUUUUCUCUUGAUGAUGUUCGACACGACAUAAUGAGCGAGUUCCUCUCCGGAAAUAUUCCAAUAGAGAGAAUAAAAAGAAUGGAAAACGGAGAAAACGGAGACUAUUACCACAUUCUUCAACAGUUUGAGAAAAUGCUUUACAACCUCAAAAAAAGGAUGAAGUUUAACUUUGACCAUCUUGACCGAAUGCAGGUGAAUCUUGGUACCAUAACCGGAGUAAAGAACAAUCGGGAGCAAGUAGCUCGAAAGGAAAUUUCUGAGUGUUUUGAAAGGUACACACAGGCUUUCUGCGAGACAAAAUCUGAGCGUUUUUUGAAAAAGAAAAAUUUUAACCUGGAACUCCAUCAGGCAAGACAGUUCCUAGAGAAAGAAAAAGCCGAUACCUACUCUGGGAUUCUGGAUUGUCUCACAAAAGACAUCUCAACUGAAAAGAUCAAGGAAAUUGCUGGGCGGUAUAACUUUAUUUGCCAAUCUAAGCAUAACCCAAAAACCAUAGAAAUAAUCAAUAUGAUAUAUGCCAACAUUGUGCUAGGCUGUGUCACACCAGAAUCAGCUGUGGUGUCGUACCAAGACCUGCUCAGAGUUCUUUCUGUACUUCUAAAGGAAACGCAUCAGGAUGAGGAGUAUUUCUCACUACUCUUCAUUGCAGUUGUGCUUUUGUGGCCGUCGCCAGAACAUGAACUAUUUAUGUAUGUUGGGACAUACAUCUCACAGCUGAAGACCUCCUAUUUUGAUCAGAUGAAGGAAGUCUUCAAUGGCAAGCGACCAAUUGUCCAUUUCCUGUUGGGAAAAGGGAGCAACUACGAGAGACUUUUGCAAAUGAAAGUAAUCCAGAGUUGCAUCACAAGGACACAGCAGUUUGCGUCUCAGUGGGGAAAUGGCCAAAUAUGGGAAAAUGAGAAAGUGAGAGGUCUUCUUAAAAGGGUCGAAGGUCGCGUGGAUCACAACGUGAUACUAGUAGAUUAUAGCAACAAUGUGAGGCUGGAAGUGAUUCCAUUGUUCAGAAGUCAGAUUAGUGGAUUACAUGGGAGGAAGGUGUCAUUUUUCAUUGGUUUCUCUAUCAAAGGCCCUCUUGCACUUGGCAUUGAGAGGAUUGAAGAGCCUCGCUGAACGCAUCCUCAAGACUGUUAACCAUGAAUUUGAUCAUAUUAAUGCUAAAAUAGGGAUAUGUUUUCAUUUUAUAAAAUCCAACCAAGAAUCUCAGAACUAUGGUUAAAUACUUAAAAACAAGUCCUUCACUGGUAAUAAAUCAAUACAUGAAAAAUAACGGGAAGAUAAUCAGACUGAACCCCUUUAGAUGGGAAAACCUUUUCUCAAAGUUGUGAUCAAAAAUGGAUCACCAGGUUUUUGGAUUAUUAUGUUUUUAAUAUUUUAAGAGCUUCUGAAUGUUCAUUUGUCACAGUUUUUUAUCAGCUCAGUCAAGACAGGUUCUGUUUUCUGCUGUGGACCAGAGAAAUUUAUCUUUUAUCAUCUAAAAACAAGAGUUGAAUCCAUUUAUGAUGAGGAUGAAAAAGAUGUUUUAGAUGUAUUAUGGUUAUUGUUUUAUUGUUAAUGUAAGGUGGCUGUGGGACCAUUUGGGUUCCUUUUUGUUGAACCAGACUGCAUUUCAGUAAAUUUGGCACAUUGCUGAUGCAUUUAAACAGUUUUUUAAAAUUAUUUUUUUAGGUUCAGAUUUUUGUUGUCAAACUUAAAUGCUAUGAAAAACAGUUUGUCUUUUGAGAACCAAAGUUCUUUUUUAUUUACUUUUAUUAUCAAAAGGAUUGCAAAUAUUCAGCAACUCACACAUACAUUUAUUAAACUGAUAAGUUUCAAUGUUUUACGUGGCGUUUUGUUAUUCUUGACUUGACAUGUUAAACUCAUUCUAAGUGAAGUUUGAAAAUCUGUUUUUGUAUUUUUCUCUCAUCUAUACAGUGCAUCUCUUAAAUAAUCGAUUUAACGUGUUUUAUUAUGCAUUCCAUUACUCUGGUGAUUAUACUCAACUCUUUUUAUAUUUCUAAAAAAAACAAAAAACAAUGAACAUUUAAUUUAGCAAAUAAUCACAUUUUGAUGAAGAUCCAGUGAAACACGAGUGUCUACUGUAAUUUGAUGCAACCAUAAAGAGGAGCACAUUCCUGUGGCGUGACAUGUUUUAAUUUAUGAUGUUUGCCACCUGAUGAUGUGUGUUAAUAAACUGCAAUAAACUGAAA